AUGACAUUGAUCUUUCAUACAGAUAUUAACGAGUGUGAAUCAAAUCCUUGUACACUAGACGUCUGUGAAAACAUUCCUGGAAGUUAUAAGUGUAAAUGUGACACUGGUUUUACAGAGAUAGAAAACAAAUGUGCGCGCAAAUGUAUGUGCCAGCCACAUUGGCAAGGUGAUACGUGCAGUGAGGAUGUUGAUGAAUGUGAGGACAAAGCGGCAUGUAAGGAUAAAGAUAACACCGUCUGUAUCAAUUAUGACGGCGGAUAUUCCUGCAAAUGUGAACAUGGUUACAAAGAGUAUCCAGGAAUAUCGUGCAUUAAAGACUCGCCUAUCAUGAUAGACCUUACGGUCAACCUGAAUGUAGACACUUCUGAUAAAACAGACCCUGAAGAAUUGAAACCAUUUGCCACUGAAAGUCUAAAAGAGUUUUAUGGUCAGUAUACAAAGGCUGACAUUGAGAUCUGGAUCAGAAAUAUAACGUUUGCCAGUUCCACUAAAAUCAUUCGCCGUAGCACAUGGAAGGAGUUAAAAAUUGAUUAUACAGUGACUUAUAAAGAAGAUGAUAUAAGUGUAGCUUCCGAGCUGACAGUCGCUACUAUGGAUCUUUCAAAAGGCGCAUAUCUUAAAUUUGACGGGCAUACAGUCGUUGUUAAUGCAGUAAAUCUGGAAGGUAAGGAACCAUGCGAUAUAUAUGAGGAGACUGUAGGCAGAUGUGUUGACGGCUUCAAAUGCGAAGUUGAAAACGAAAGACCAGUUUGCAGAAAAAGUACCUCCGAGGUAAACCUUGCAUUGAUAAUAGGAGUGUCGUGUGGUUGCUUUAUUCUGUUGUUGCUCAUCAUUAUUGUAAUAAUGUGUCUCAGACAACGAAAUCAAAGAAAGAAGGAGGAAUUCAGAAUGCAAAGGGAGCUUACAAGUGCUUCUGACAUGGGAAUGAAACUUGAAAAUAUAAACAGUCGACAGGGGAACAUCUACAACGUGUUAGAUUGGCAGACCGCAGCAAACAUCGGAGAUAAGGGCGAUGACAACGAAUCUAAGUAUAUGACUUGGAAGUCGAUAGCUUCAAGAUUCACCAUGGCAUCUGGAAAUGAUUAUAGGAAUGAUGGACACUAUCACAUUCCCCGUGCGAGAAUGAAGGCAUCUCCUAGUCCAAAUCCAGACUACAUACUUCCAAGGGAAUAUUAACUCGAAAAAUGGAAUCGUUUAGUUGAUGACUUGAUCUUUACGUGGUGAAAUGAUUUUGUGUUAAUUUUUUCCAUUAUGCUAUCAUCCAGUGACUAUCAUGUGCAUGGCUUCCCUUUUAGAUUUUAAGAUGUCGCUGUCUUUAUUAAAAUGGUUCGUUCUUUUAUUUUCUACGUUAUAGAUAUUGAAAUGAAAAAAAAUAGACACUGGGCUAAAGCAUAUUAAGAUUAUUAUCAGUCCGAAAAUUAAUCUCCUCAAAAACAAUAUUAUCUUCCAUUUAAACUACUGCAUACAAUGGAUGAUUAAAAUCUUUCUAUGCAACAAUGUUCUGAAAUUUAAAUUUUCAAUUAUUUUGAUUAGCACGACAUGUAUCUAUCAUUGUAGUCUUUAAAUUGUAGAUAAACGCCUACGUUAAAUGUAUACUUUCUGCGUUAAUAUGAAGAUUUCAACUUUUAUUUUAUAUAAGACAUAUACAAAGGAAAAUCUAAAAAAAGUACAUAAGAUGUAGAAAUGAUUUAUUCAAGGUUAAAGAAUCAAAAUUCAAUUUGAAUGGUACGUUCGCUUGAAAUGGAACAAAAUAAAUCAUGAAUAAAUUAUUUAUUAAUCUAGAUUCGUACGUUUAAAAAGGACUGAACAAAUCAUUUUAGGCGUCAUUAUUUUUUCUAUAGCUACUCCUUUGUAAACAUAAAAAUAAAAAAUGUUCUAGUAUGUGUAGAAUAAUAAUAAAUCGGUGUACUUAUGCAUCUGUAUUGUGUAUUUAUAAAAAUAUCAUUGUGUGAGUCAUUCUUUCCAUGUGCUAGUAUCAAUUCAUUUGAUAGUUUAAGGUCCUGAUUGUAAUAAUUUAAGGUUAUUACCACACUGAAGUGAAAUUGUAUAUCUGUAUAUAAUUAUGCUUCUAAAACGAUUUUCAAACAUCGACGAAUAUGUAAAAUAUAUAAA